GGUGGCAUGCAGGCAAAACCAGAGAAGGCAAAUCAGGGGCAGUUGGUAGGCCUAGUGGUAACUGAACCCAUGGGAAAUUUGCAUCCUCCCUGAACAGAGCUCCCCUUUCCCUGUAGCCUGAGCAUCUGUGUUUAUGUAAGUGAGCUCUGAUUCAGAUGUAGAGCCUGAACAGUCCUCUCCCACCCCCAGGAAAGAUUCAAAAAGGGACUGUGGGUGGGGGCAGAGAGGAGGCCAGGGAGCAAGACGCAAGGCUCAGUGUGGUGACGGGAGGGGCCAAAAUGCAGCCAGCACUCUCAGCCUUCUUCAUGCUGCUCUUUGUCCUGCUGUGCCUCCUGGGAAUCCUGGCCAACGGCUUCAUUGUGCUGGUGCUGAGCAGGGAAAGGAUGCGGCGUGGGAGGCUGCUUCCCUCCGACAUGAUCCUCAUGAGCUUGGGUGCCUCCCGCUUCUGCCUGCAGUGUGUUGGAAUGGUGAACAACUUCUACUGCUUCCUCCACCUGCACGAGUACAGCAGCGGUCCUGCGCGGCAGUUCAUCAGUCUCCACUGGGACUUCCUGAACUCGGCCACCUUCUGGUUGGGCUCUUGGCUCAGUGUCCUGUUCUGCAUGAAGAUUGCUAACUUCACCCACCCUACCUUCCUUUGGCUGAAGUGGAGGUUCCCGGGGUCAGUGCCCUGGCUCCUCAUGGCUUCUCUCCUGAUCUCUUUCAUCGUCACCCUGCUCUUCUUCUGGGGAAACCAUGCUGUGUAUCAAGGAUUCUUAAUUAGAAAAUUUCCUGGGAACAUGACCUUCAAGCAGUGGAGCAGGAGGCUGGAAAUUCACUAUUUCUUGCCCCUGAAACUUAUCACCUUGUCAAUUCCCUGCUCUGUCUUUCUGGUCUCAAUUGCAUUGUUGAUUAAUUCUCUGAGGCGACACACAGGGAGAAUGCAGCGCAGUGCCCACAGCCCACAGGACCCUAGUGGCCAGGCUCACACCAGAGCUCUGAAGUCGCUCAUCUCCUUCCUCAUUCUUUAUGCUCUGUCUUUCGCAUCCUUGCUCAUCGAUGCUGCAGGUUUCUUCUCCUCAGAGAGUGACUGGUACUGGCCGUGGCAGAUUUUAAUCUACCUGUGCACAUCUGUCCAUCCCUACAUCCUCAUCCUCAGCAACCUCCGGCUUCGAGGGGUAUGCAGGGAGUUACUUCUGUUGGCCAGGGUCUUCCGGCUGGCCUAG